CUGAAAGCAGUCUUCACAUGAGCUAAGAAAUAAAUCAAGACUUCUUAAGUAAAGAUCUCAGCAGUGUGAAGUUAGAGGAUCCAGACGUUUUCCCUUCAGGAUGGUUCACUGUCUUUUCAACAUGAUGGGAAAUAUCAGCAUUAACCCGUCACCCCAAAAGGUCAACUUGAGCUCUUUGAAUAUCUUUACCAUCUCCCUCCACGGCUUGGUCUCUUCCAUUGGCAUCAUAGAAAACCUCCUUAUCCUCGGAGUAGUGGGCUUCCAUGUCCGCCGCUCUGUCAUCAGCAUCUGGAUCCUGAACCUCGCGGCCUCCGACCUGCUGGCCACAUCCUCCUUGCCUUUCUUCACGCUCUACAUGGCACGAGGCAACACAUGGACGUUGGGCCCAACCUUCUGCCGCAUCCAUUCCGCCAUCUUCUUUCUCAACAUGUUUGUCAGUGGCUUCCUGCUGGCGGUGAUUUCUUUGGACCGCUGCCUGGUGGUUGUGAGACCUGUCUGGGCCCAGAACAACAGAAACCCAGAACUUGUGAAGAAGAUAUGUGGGGGAAUUUGGGCCUUGGCUGUGCUCUGCACCAUCCCUUUCUACAUAUAUCGUGGCACCAUUCACCUACCCAAUGGCAAGAUUCUCUGUUACUACGAUUAUGCCCGAGCCCUCCUCCCCAGUGAGCCGUUCGACCUGAAAGCUUUAUGCAAGCAUCGCAAGGAGGGAUUGGCCUUCAUGAAGCUCUUCUUAGCCUUCCUGAUCCCUCUACUCAUCAUCAUCAUCAGCUAUUCUGCCGUGAACGCAACCUUGGUGCGCAGAGGCUACCAACGCUCCUUCCGUUUCGUUCGGCUGGUCGUGGCCGUGGUGGUGACCUUUGUGCUCUGCUGGGCUCCAUACCACUUCUUCAUCAUCAUGGAGGUGAUGGCUCCAAAUGGGAGUCCUUUGCAGAAACACGCAAGCAAGGCCCUCCCGAUCUCUGCAACCAUCGGCUUCCUUAACAGCAUCAUCAACCCCAUCCUGUACGUGUUCAGCUGCCCCGACCUGUGCAAGAAGAUCAGACACUCUCUGGGAGCGGUGAUGGAGAGUGUUCUGGCUGAGGAUCUGAUGGAGCUGGCCCGGCGCCGCAGCACCGCUCGCAGCUCUAUCAGCACCUCCGACUUUUUGAUGAAGCACAGGAAUUCCAAUGCAACUGUGUGUCUGAAAACCGAUGAACAAGAUAAGGCUGAAAGUACUGCUAAUUCCACUCAGCAGUGAAAAAAAACAUAAAGCAAAAUUCUCUGAUUCCUGCUUUUCUCUAGUUUGGAGUUGCCGUUGAUAUUUUUAUUUUCAGCAUAAUCCAUGUUUAGUUGUUUUAACCUAAUAACCUAAAACAUUUCACAUUGCCUGCACAGAUGUUUCAAAUUAAAAGCCAUCCAGUAGCCGACAUGGCAUAAUCCCUUUCGUUCCUAGCAGGCUUUUAAUUUGAAACAUCUACAAGUGGCAUUAAAGCUCCAUAUUUUACUCUUUUCCUGGGUUUUAUUUGAAGUGUUGAUCCAUAAGAAGAUAUAUUUGUGGUUUUAAGAACCAAAAACCAUCUCAAUGUAGUUUUAUAUCUCCUCUCUCAGGCUUCUCUCUGGAGCUCUAGUAACAACAAGUUGGUGAACCAAUCAGAAGAGAGAGGCUCAGGGCCUCUCACCUGAUUGGCUGACUGUUUUCUGGGGGAU